AUACAAUAUUGUAUUUAUAUUAUAUGCAUCGCGCCCGAAACGCCUUGAGACGCAACUCAACAUACAAGAGCUCUUAUCACACUACAACAGUUCUGUUAUCAACUAAUUAUUUAUCACUCGACAGAUUCAAUAACUGAACAACUUCGUAAUAAUCCUGCAGUCCCAUAAUAAUUCUAACUUCUAAUUACGGUUGUUAUGUCGGUUGUCGGUCAUUUAUUAUUGCUAAUUAAAUAAUUAUCGUAAUAAUUCGUUGUUCGAUCACUUGCUCGUCGCGUUUGUCGACUAGAGAUCCACUCGCAUUCGACAAUGGGCUCAGAACAGAGUUCGCAAUCCAACGCUACCGAUUCGGGUGCGAAAAAUCCAAAACUCAAGAGGGGCAAAUCGGUGCCAGAAAGUUCUUGGCCGAGGAAUUCGCAGGAUGGUCAACAGAGCAGGGCGGCCAGCGCAAACACAUCACCCGGCCACAGCGUGUGCAGCGACGUCGACUUGCCGUACAUAUCGUACACGGUAAACCGACCAAUCGGAGAUUCGCCAAAGAAACCCAGCAUCAUGAGCCGAGGACGGUCGAUGCAGGUGGAACCCCAACGAUCCGUGAAGAAAACCCCCAAGUCCACACCCAAACACAACAUCGUUGUGGUCAGGGCAGCCGUUCAAGAAAACCCAGACAUGGACGAGGACCUAUAUCGAAUGAAGCAAGUACCAUCGUUUUUGCCAAUAAUACGAGGCACUGUAUCUUUGCCAGCAGCCAGAGAUCGAGAAGCAUUAGAGAGAAUCGAUUCUAAUGCAUUUUACAGACUGUGUCAACUUUAUCAAGCUUACAUGAGCCGCUGUGCCAAAGCAGUAACUGCAGAUCAAACUUUGAUCAAUAAACAAAUUUUAGAGCUUGACAACGAAACCACACAAGUGUUGAAUUCAUAUGUAGCGUCAUAUAAACAAUAUGCCAAAAUCAAUGAGCAAUUCAAAUGUAUUGAUGACAUGAAUAAACAACUGAAUUCUUGUCAUCUAUUGUUAAACAAGACACUAGACUCUGUACAGCUAUUAAAUAAUAAAUUACCUCCGGACGAACGGUUGGAACCGUUUGUAUGGACGACGGGUUAAAAAACGACUGAUCACAUCAUUUAUUUUCACUUUUAACUAGUCUCUAACAUUUUAUAUAUACAUUUAAAUUUUUAUUCCAUUGUUAUUUACUUAUAAUUUGUUUAGUUUUUAAAAUUUUUGAUCUGUGUGAAUUUUUAUUUGUUUAAGUAUCCAUGGUAAAUGAAAUGAAAGUUUUGUAUAUACAUCUGGAUAUCCUGGUCUGGCACAUCCUGAGCCAAAUGAUGUGAGACCAGCCAAGAACCAUCGACCAUUUGGACCUGAACAUUGCAAUGGCCCUCCAGAAUCUCCCUGCAAUAUGUUUAAUGACCACAUAAUUUUUAAUUGAUUACCAAAGUGAUACAACUGAUUUGUGUUUGUUCAACGUACCACACACGGUCCACCACCUUUUCCAUCCAUUCUGCCAGCACACAAAUGGCCAUCAGUUAUAGUCACUGCUGGUCCAUAUUUGUCUCUACAAACAGAUGUGUUGUGCACAGGCACUUUUAUCUGUCGCAAUUUACCCGACAAUGGUCCAUUUGGUUUGACUUUACCCCAUCCAGUUGUAACGCAUACCUUUGGAAUUGGCGUAUUAUUUGUAGAUGGUGGCAAACACAAACACCGUACAUUUGUAUUAGUGACAUUUGUUGGCCUAGACAGUUUCAUUAAUGCUGCGAAAUUCGAUUGUUAGUACCAGUAAAAUUAAACUGUUGUUUUAAAAUUUUUUUCAUAAUUAACCUAUGUCAUUUUGGUAAUUGUUAAACCUGUCGUGAAUGACCACUUCAUCAAUGGGUAUACGCUCCUCUGUGUGCUCUUCUACAUCUCUAUUCCAGUCACCAAGCACAGCUGUCCAAAGAGCUGCCAACGGCAAGCUGAACUUUUCACUUAUUAUCAAAAUUUAAUUUUCAAAAUAAAUAUUUGAUACACAACAAUUGUCAACAUCAUUAAUAAAUAAUCACUCACUUUCUGAUGCAGUGAGCUGCUGUCAACACCCAAGUAGGUCUGAUCAGUACACCAGCGCACCAAUGACCAACAAAACCAAAUGCUGGAUGAAGUAACUGCAAUGAUACCUACAAAAAAGAAUGAAAAAUCAAUGAAUUAUUGUAUAGUCUAAGCCACGCCCUCAAGAGUUCAGACGAAUCAUACAAUUAUACAAUUCAUUAAUUUAACAUAAUUAGCUUCAAUUUUAAAAUGAUAUGUAUAAUUUUGUUUUAAAAGCUUAUUGAAAUUAAUGUUGAAAAAUGAAAAUUGAAAUUAACUCUAGAAGUUAUUUUCUCUAUUGCCUAUAGUUAGUUAAUUAAAUAUAUUAAUUUAUAUUGUAAUGUUUAAUAUUAUUCUGUUUAAAUUAUUAAUUGUGAAUAUUAAGUAACUACUAAACACAUACUUAGCUGCUUUACAAUUUACAUUGAUACUUAUUUUAUGUACUAACAAUUACAUCUAAGGUGCUCGUGUUGUAACACCAAUAUCAAGAAUAAAAUAAAUUGUUUUUAUUUUUUUA